AUGCGAAAAAUAAAAAUUGUAAACUACGAUGAGCAUCUCUUCUGCACAAACUUUCAAAACACAUCAAUCCCAAUGGCCAAAAAGACACUUUCAGAGGAGAUUGCUAGCUUUUAUGAGCCAAAAAAUGAGUUUGAUAUAGAAGAUUUUGAUAAUGGCUCCUUAAAUAAGGAUGUAUUUCAACACGAGGAAAAUGAAUCCUCAGAAGAAGAUUUGUCAGAUGAGGAAUUGAAGAAAGAUCACUAUGUUGUUGCGCCAAAGUCCACAUUACGGAGUCAGCAGGGACCCAACUUGGGUAAAAAGUACACCGGAGAUGUAGUGAGUCGAGACGAUAUUUAUAACUCAUCACAGGAUAGCAAUGACGAUGAUGAUGAAGAAGAAGAGGAAGAGGAUCUGGAUUCAAGCCGAGACGAGUCUGAGAAUAACAUUGAUGAUGACGGGGGAAAUUUCAAUUCAGGCAAAUAUGAAAGUUCAGAGUCAGAGCUGGAGUCUGACAGCGAGGAUUCUGAAAUGGAUGAAAAGAUUCACCGGAAGAAAGCUUCCAAACAGUCAUCUCAUCAAAAGGAAUUGGUAAAACAACUUUUGAAUAAAGAGAGGUCACAUUUAGUCAACAGGCUAUCUCAAUCAGCAAUAAAUGAUACAUUGAAAGGGUAUGCCGUCAAACAACAAUACAAAACUUAUGAAAAAUUGGUGGAUGUGAGGAUUAAAUUUCAAAAGGCAGUCAAUAGUGCCAAUCAGCUACCUAUCAAUGCAGUUGCCUAUGACGAGAACAAGACAGAAGAGAGCAACGGUUUAAUUAAUGAUGCCAAGCAAGCGUUGUAUGGUUUAUUGAAAAAUAUACUUUUGUUGAGAUCACAAUUAGGAAGCAAGGAAGUUUCACCACCUAAAAAGAGAUCGUUUGAAGCAAUGUCAAGUGCAACCCAGAACGCCGAUAAUGAGUUGACUAGUCAACGUGCAAGUGUAUUAAAUAAGUGGUCUUACAAAGUCCAAAAUUCUUCAGGAAACUCUGCCAUGAAUGCCAACAAGUUCAAGGCUAUUAAUCAAUCCUUUGAACAACAAGUGAAAAACAACUUGUCAGAUAUGGAAAGGUUGAUCAAAAGAACCAAACUAAACAGAAAACAAGUUGUGCCAUUAGGAUACGUUGAAGAAGAAAAAGUCACAUCUACUCCUCAUGAUGGCGACGAUGUAGGUGAAGAAAUGGCCCCACGUAAGAAAGCACAAGGUCAAGAGAAUCCUUACAUAUUUGAUGAUGAGGAUUUCUACCGUGUGUUGUUGAAUGAUUUAGUCGAUAAAAAGGUACAGUCUUCUGAUCCAACAUCAAACAUUACCAUAAUCAGAUCAGCUCAAAAGGCAAAUAAGUUGAAGAACAACGUAGACACUAAAGCAUCAAAGGGAAGAAAGUUGAGGUUUCAUGUACAGGAACAGAUUGCCAAUUUCGAAACUUCCACCGGUGGAUGGAAAUGGAGUGAUGAUCAGAUUGACGAAUUUUUUGCAUCUUUGUUGGGUCAAAAGGUAAACAUGAACGAAGAAGAAAUUGAUGACGAAGAGAAUUCAGAAAAGGAGAUUGAACCUGAGUCCAAUGGUAUACGACUCUUUGGUUAA